AUGGUUUCCGUGCGGCGAACGUCAGCAAAAUGUGUUUACGUAAUACGCAAUAGCGAUGACGUAAUACGCAGAACAUGAACUGAGGAGGCGUUCGUUGUACCUUUGUCCAAGCUAUCCAAACGCAAAAAUCCCAUAAAUGGAUCGUGGGUCGAAACGGCGACAAGUGAAGCCUUUGGCUGCCUCUUUGCUGGAUGCUCUGGAUUAUGAUAGUUCAGACGACAGUGACUUUGAAGUAGGGGAUGCAUCAGGUUCAGAUGGCACUGGGAAUGGAAGUGACGAAGAGGGUUCAAAGGAGAGCGCUGCGGGCUCUGAGAGCGACUCAGAUGCCAUCGGCUCAGCUAAUGAGGAGGGCAUAGAUGAAGAUGAGGCCAAAGAUUUGGCCGAAGACACCGAAGAGGAGGAGAAAGCCAAAGAAAAAUCUUUCUCAGAGGAGACCAGCAGCAAAGAAGCAGUAGGAACCUCUAAGAAUCGCAAGAAAGGAGAAAAAGCCUCCGACACGGAACCAAACGGGAGUGGUACUGCAGAAGAAGGCCUGACGGAGCCUAAAAAAUGGAACCUACGGCGGAACCGACCCAUGCUUGACUUCACCACGAUGGAGCAUCUGAACGUAAUGGACGAUUAUGACAGCGAGGAUGACAAUGACUGGAGGCCUACUGCAGGAAAAAAGAAAGGCAAGACAUCUGGCAAGGAGAAAGGAGGAAGUGAGGCUGAGGAGGGUGGGGGUAGCAAUGAAGAGGACAACGAGGAUGAUGAUGACGAUGAUGAUGAUGACGACGACGAUGACGAUGAUCAAAAUGAGACCAGUAGCAGUGAUAGUGAACAGGAAGGGAAGAAGCCAAAGAGGAAAGCAGGCAAGAACACAGGUGUGUUCGAUGAAGAGGAGACCAAUGACAGUCACAGCACAUCUCAUGGGAAGGGCAACGAAGACUUUUUGCUGGAGCGGCCCCAGACGUGGAGCUCCCAGAGGAUGGAGCAUAUCCUUAUCUGCUGCGUGUGUCUUGGAGACAACAGCGAGGAUGCGGAUGAGAUCAUCCAGUGUGACAACUGUGGCGUGACCGUGCAUGAAGGUUGCUAUGGUGUCGAUGGCGAAAGUGACUCUAUCAUGAGCUCGACUUCUGAGAACUCAACAGAACCGUGGUUCUGUGAUGCUUGCAAGAAUGGCAUCACGCCCAGUUGUGAACUCUGCCCAAGUCAGGACGGAAUCUUCAAGGAGACUGACGCAGGGAGGUGGGUGCACGUGGUCUGUGCCCUUUACGUUCCCGGGGUCGCAUUUGGGGAUAUCGACAAACUGCGGCCAGUAACGCUCACGGAGAUGAACUACUCAAAGUACGGAGCCAAGGAGUGCAGUCUGUGCGAGGACGGGCGGUUUGCUCGUACGGGUGUCUGCAUCAGCUGUGAUGCAGGAAUGUGCCGCUCAUUCUUCCACGUGACGUGUGCGCAGCGGGAAGGGCUGCUCUCCGAGGCUGCUGCAGAAGAGGACAUUGCAGAUCCAUUUUUUGCCUACUGCAAACAACACGCUGACCGUUUUGAUAGGAAAUGGAAAAGGAAGAACUAUCUGGCCCUGCAGUCCUACUGCAAAGUGUCCUUGCAGGAGAGAGAGAAGCAACUCACGCCUGAAGCUCAGGCUCGAAUCACCACCCGGCUCCAGCAGUACAGAGCAAAGGCAGAGCUGUCCCGAAAUACUAGACCUCAGGCAUGGGUGCCCCGAGAGAAGCUUCCCCGGGCACUCACCUCUAGUGCUUCAGCCAUUCGUAAGCUGAUGCGUAAAGCAGAGCUCAUGGGUAUCAGCACAGACAUCUUCCCUGUGGACACGUCAGAUACCAGCGCAAGCCUGGAUGGCCGUCGUAAACACAAACAGCCCGCCCUCACUGCAGAUUUUGUUAACUACUACCUGGAGCGGAACAUGAGGAUGAUUCAGAUCCAGGACAACAUCGUGGAGCAGAAGAACCUUAAAGACAAGCUGGAGAGCGAGCAGGAAAAGUUGCACAUGGAGUACAAUAAGCUGUGUGAGUCUCUGGAGGACCUGCAGAAUGUCAAUGGCCAGAUGAGGACCGAGGGCCAGGCCAUAUGGAGCACGAUGGGAGGGAUUCUUGGACAGAAACUGAACUCUCCUGCCGUUCUGAAAGCCCCCAAAGAGAGAAAGCCAAGCAAGAAAGAGGGAGGAUCACCAGGGAAAUCGUCUAACCUUCCUGCUGUGCUUUACAGUUGCGGAAUCUGUAAGAAAAACCAGGACCAGCAUCUUUUACUGCUGUGUGAUACAUGUAAGCUGCACUACCACCUAGGCUGCCUGGACCCUCCUCUCACACGCAUGCCGAAGAAGACCAAAAACAGCUACUGGCAGUGCUCUGAGUGCGACCAGGCCAGCAGUGACGAAGCGGACAUUGCCAUGGAGACGCUACCCGAUGGAACUAAAAGGUCCAGGAGGCAGAUCAAGGGACCAAUCAAAUUUAUUCCACAAGAAAUGAGCCCAGAGCCCAAAAAGCCUCAAGUGAGAGGGACAAGAACCAGAGGCCAGAAGAGGAAGAGGAUGUCCAUCUGUGAGGAAGAAAAGAUUGAGGAACCGUCGCCGCGGGAGCGAAGACAGAGGCAGUCUACUCUGCAGAAAAAACCCACCAAAGCCGAUGACACACGAACCGAGUGCACCACCUGCAAGGGCCCGGGCGACAAUGAAAACCUAGUGAGGUUUUGAGAGCCGGGCAGCACCUCUUCCCCCCUCCCUAAAAAAGGACAGAUGAGAGAGAGACAGGGAGAGAGAGAGGGAAAGGGAAAUAACUCGUUUGAAGAGCGUCGUUGGGGUCGAGGAGGAGUCGCAGAUGGCCACCUCUGAACGCCACCUUCGACCAUCCUCCACCCAAAGCGGACCACGCCAUGGACUUGAUCAUGGUUAAUUGAAGGUCCGCUGCGCAUUUUGUCAAUCAUAUGUGGACCAAUUGCGUUGGGGGAUGAUCAACCCUCAUCGGACACUUAUGUGGAUUUUGAGCGUGUAAGGAUACUAAGUUAGCCAGUUUGGAGGCACAUGCUUGCCUGUAGGGCCAUUAUAAUGUUCUUGCUGGAGUACAUAAACAGUGACACUGGUUUUGGGUCCUCUUGCUCUGUGGAUUAAGCCGGAUCUCAGAUUCUGGACCUUUCACCUUCUUGCGUCUUUACAUCUGGCCCAGUUUUUAUGCGGGCUCCUGGACUUCCUCAUUCACAUUGACUAUACAGCAUCAUACACUACUAACCUCUGAUCACAAGAUAUUUGCUGACCGUGCUUCUGAAUGUUAAUUGUGUUGCCUGUCUUACUUGCUUUUUUUAGGAAUGCUCUUAAUACUCUUACUGCUUUUAUUUCUUGACUCUGCUGUCUUUUGCUUGUGCUGUGUGAAUUAUAUGGUUAAAAGUUAUUAGAUUGUAGAAAUUAGAAUGGGUAGCAUUGUUUUUUCAACUGGUGUUUUCACUAGUUUUCGUACACUAAUAUAGGUCAAUAUGGCAAUAUGCAUACUUGAAUUGUAGUUCUUUCUGUAGCAUUGUAUCUGUAAUAGGGUAAAUCUUACAAAAAAAAACAUAUCCUGGUCAUAAUACACUAGUACAAUUUUUUGCAUUACAGUUAUACGAAUUUAGGGCACUAAUCUGUAAUAAUGUCAUAGAAUGCAAAAUUUCUCUGUAAUUAUUUGGGAAUGGAUUGUGUUGGUGCUUUGUCAUGUCAGUCAUCCUGGAACACACUGGAAACCAUUUAGAUCCACUAAGGACCGAGCAUCCUUCCCAUACCCUUAAAGAGCCAUGCAUUGCACUAUUGACAGCCUAGCUGCCUAUUUCCAGUGCAGGAUGGCUGACAGCUGACAUCCAGAGCCUCAAGUUCCCAGUCUAAGGUAUCCCGUGGUUUCUAUCUUCAUGCCACGAGGGACAGCCUCGCCCCGUAUGCCCUCUCAAACUGCUUACUCGCACCACAGCAGACGCAAUACUUCCUUCUUGGGAUUUAUAUGUCUGUCUAUCUCUGGAUGACUUCAGAUGCCCUUUAACCUUUCACCCCACUGUAUCUUCAGCCAGAGUUUUAUCUGUCUACUGCUGUCUUACCUAGCUCACAGCAUAUUGUGUGUAUAAGUGUUUGUUGGGGCACAUACCGCAUCUGCUUUGGGGAGAUAAUGCUGCUAGAUGGAGCUUGUUAGAUUGUUAAGUCGUGUGAUGUCAGCUUACAGAAGUAUUGAGCUCUUCUAGGUUUUUUCAUAUGUGUUCCUGGGGUACGCCGUGGUGCCAUUUUGUUCCAAAGUUAAUUUGUACUUGAAUACUUCUAACUAAAUGUAUGAUUCAAUUUGAUGACUUUUAUUUAUUUUAUGUAUAUAUACAUACAUGCAGUACGUGACAUGUAGAUUUUUUUUUUUAAAUCGCUACAUACAGUAGUUUGUGUAAAUGUGACUUGAGAUGAGAUUAUGGCAUUGCAUUUGUAAGAGUUUAAGUGUGAAUUCUUGUGAAUAUGCAGUAUGUUCGUUGUCAUGCAUCGUUUGGGUGUGUGUGGUCUUAGGACGGAGCCGUUUGCAUCAUGCAAGCCUUAAUAAACUCUUGACUUUUUCACCUUA